AUGGAGUCCAGAGAGGAAGAGCAGGAGGAAGACGCACCCAGCUGCAGCUGCUUUAACUUCCACCACGCCUCCCGUUGCCCCACCCGACCAUCAAGCAGAGGAGGAGGAGGAGGAGGAGGAGGAGAGACAGGUGGACUGGUCAAAGGAAACUGCGUUGCCACGGCAGCAACAGGCGCUGACUCAGCAGGUGAGGAGGAGGAAGAGGAGGAGACCUCUGCUGGAGACGAGGAGGGCGAGUCCAGCUUCAUCUCUGCAGCGCCCCCCGCUGGCCAGAGUGAAACACAGUGGAAAGGAGCUGUUGAGGACGAGUUUGUCUCCGAGCAGAAAUCAUCAACGCCGACCAGAGACAGACCAGCUCCUCCCAGCAGUCUGGCCUCGUCAGGGUCACGACCAACGAGGAAGAAAGUCCUGGUGGCUCCAGCGCUCAGUCUGUCUUUAGGUCGCAGUGAGUCGACGGUUUCAGAAGACUUCCCCCCAGCCUUUCUCUCCCCCUCACCUGAAGACGAUGAUGACACAGGGCUGGACUUUGACCUGGACGGCAUGGAAACACCCUCUGACUGCGAAUCACUGCCCUUCCCUAUCUACGACCUGGACCUGGAAGAUGACCUGCGGCGUCUCGGCGUGGCGUCCUGGCGUCGCAGACCGCGCGGCUCCAGUCCCAGGUCCAGGUUUGAUUCUCGUACUAGUUCUGGACCGGGGACGGACCAGAGUGAACUGGGAGCUCUGGAGCGGGAAGACAUGGUGGACAGUCAGGGCAUCAGGUGGCGCUGUUUCUCCACAGGUGACCCACCACAGGAGAGCCGGGUCAACAUGAGCGUCCUGGAGCCGUUUCUCAGGGUGCUGUCACACGGAGGUUACUAUGGAGACGGUAUGAAUGACAUCAUCGUGUUUUCUUCCUGUUACCUGCCGCAGAAUACUCUGGAAAAUUACCAGUAUGUGAUGGAUAAUCUGUUCAGGUAUGUAGUAGGAACUCUGGAUCUGAUGGUGACAGAAAACUAUGUGAUCGUGUAUCUUUGUGUUGGAGGUCAGAAAGACAAACUACCAGGAAUCAGCUGGCUCCGAGAGUGUUACACCACCAUCGACAGAAGGUUGAGGAAGAACCUGAAGGGUUUCUACGUGGUUCAUCCCACCUGGUACAUCAAAGCCCUCGUCACCAUCAUCAAGCCCUUCAUCAGCUCUAAGUUCAGCAGGAAGCUCCAGUUCGUCGACAGCCUCCAGACUCUUUCUCACUUCGUCCCUACUGAGCACGUGCAGAUCCCAGACUGCGUCGCACAGUACGACCAGAAGCUGUCCAGGUGAAACUCCUCCGAAGGCCCCUGCAGUCUCUCUCCCCGUUCUGCUCAGAUUUCUGGAGUUUGGCGUCUCGCUCGAAAGACGUCGCGGCGGUGUUUCGGAGCGGAUCUGCUGAAAAGCAGCAGAUUUGAGCCAAAAUGGAGGUGAAGAACAAAAUCCCCCUCCGGGCCUCGUGGUGCCGCUGCUCCUCUGCACCUUCUGUCUGACCUGUAACAUUUCAAACUGUCUUAUUUUAAAAUCACUUCGCAGCACGAAUCAAGCCCCGUAUAAACAUUAUAAUGUCACUUUGAAACAACACAUUGGUGCGCUACGCCUUAAAAUCUAAUGCAGUCUAACGAACUGAUGUCGUUACCAUGGAGUCACUUUGCAUUAUGAGAGCCCCCAAAACAGACAAGAUUAUAUCUUAUAUAUAUCUCAUUAUAAUCUUCCUUCCGCAAGUAAGUAUCUUGUUGCCGCAAACUUGUAAUCAUCUUGUUCACAGCUAUAAUCUUAGUAAUUAUAUUGCAUGCACAAAUGAUGAUCUUGUGCUCACAAGAUGGAUCUAGAAGGUGCGACCGCUAUAUAUAUAUAUAUAUAUAUAUAUAUAUAUAUAUAUAUAUAUAUAUAUGAUAUAUUUCCAAAGGAUGUCAAAAUGCGGUCGUUUAUCAUGUACUUCAAAACUGGAAACAUUUCACAUACUUUAAAGGUCCGGUGCGGAGGAUUCAGCGGUGCAACCGUUUGAAUCCCGCUCGCCUCGCCCUCCCCUUCCCUCAGGACAAACUGCAGUUCUUCUGGAAAAUGUUCACGGGUUAAGAAAUCUUUACUUAAAAAAAUGAAAUACACAAACCAGUGUGAUUUAGCAACUUUAUAAUAUUUACACACUCAGUGAAAUAAUCGGAUUAUCUGUCAUUCAGUGUGGAGAUCAGAAACACUUUGUUAAGCUACAAAUGUAACUACAGACGUCGAAACAUCUCGCAGUGUUAACAAAAGUGAAAUGAAUUGGUGCAUCCGUGAUUCGGAUCUUCUCCCAAACGUAACGGGCUCUUCCUCGGCCCGCGCCGCACUCUUCCACCGGGUUUAAUGAAAAUCGGACCGGGAGUUUUUCCGUAAUCCUGACAGACGAACAAGCGAACGGCUCAGAAAGCGCGACCUCCUUCGUAGUGCAUCUUUAAAACUGAGCAAAACCUCUGAAGUGCGUCCAGAUCUUUCCUCUGCAGGUUCCUGUCCUGUUAUUUUGGUUUUUACACGUAAAGUUCAACUCAUACAGAAGGUGAAAAGUGUCUCUUCUGCUUUUAAAAGUUUUUCUUUUUAACGUUUGAACACGUCGAGCGAGGAGAUUUCAGCGGCGCGCGACGGUUCGAACCAAAGCUCUUCGAGGUGAAAGUUUUUGUAACUUGGUGAAGGUUUUUUUAAAACCCUCUCCGGACUCUUUCAGUGUUUUCAGCAGGCGCCGGACCGCCAGCCCCGCCCGGGUCACGGCCUCGCUUCACAGCCGAUCAGUUGAGUCCGACUUUGUUUGUGUCAAAGGUGAAAUAUUUUCGGUGCAGAAUAAAAUCUUGAUGGUUCUUCGUA